AAAAAAUAAUGUGUAAAUUAUGUUAUUCAACUAUUAAUUAGUUUUUAUUGUAUUGUAGCCUCUACAUGGUGUAAAUUUAUUCGUUAAUAGUAAAUUAAAUAUUAAUCUAUCCAUCAGGAUGGCUGAAGACUUAAGAAACUAUAAUUUACAAUUACAGCAGGUUGAAGCGGCACUGUUAACUGAUCCUCAAAAUGAGGAGCUCCUGAAAUUGAAAGGCGAUUUGGAAGAAGUAAUUGAGUUGACCCAAGAUCUUAUAAAAACACAGGAAGGUGAAUCUAAAGCAUCGAAUAUUCACGGUUCUAGUAAUGAUGAUGAUGUUACAGCGUCGCUGUUGGCGGCCGAGGAGGAGACGGAGCAACACGCUCCUGCUCAGUGGCAUGUUGGAGACAAAUGCCUUGCCAAGUACAAAACUGAUGGAACGUUAUAUGAAGCAACUAUUGAAGAAAUAACAGCAGACAGCUUAAAAGUAAAAUUUGACGGUUAUACUUCAUUAGAAACAGUUUCUGUGUAUGAUGUUAAGCCAGUGGGCUCAGGACUGAAAAGAAGAUUAAGUUCAGAUGAAAGCAAGCAUGGAAAAGGCUACAAUAGAGAAUAUUUAAAAAAGAAAAAGCAGAAAAAACAACAAAGAUUUAAACAAAUUGAGGAAGAAAGAGAGAGUGAAAAAAAUAAAUGGCUAUCAUUUCAUACUAAGGCAUCCAAAAAGCCUGGAGUUCGAAAUAAAAGCAUUUUUGCAUCUCCUGACAAUUUGACUGGUAGAGUUGGUAUUGGUACUUGUGGUAUCUCUGGCCAGCCUAUGACUAACUACACGCCUGGUGAAAAAUGGAAGAAAGGGGGAUAGUAUAGGUACAAUUGUUCAUUUCCUAUCUAGUGUUAUUUUAUCAAAUAAGUUAGUAAUUGUCUCCUGACCUGAUUUAUAAUAAAAAAUUUCAAUAC